UAUCAACGCUACGCAUUCUUAGCCAGGAGUGAACAGUUAAAUCUGUAAAUAAUGUGUCUGACAUUUACUAUGUAGCCUGACUACUGCAGAAGCUAUAGCCGUAGGUAAAAGUUUUUCGUAACGGUCAUUUGAUGAAUUUAUUAAUUAAAAAUGUCUAAAGUGUAAGUAAAAAAAAUCACUUUUUCCACUGUUUAAAUGGAACUUGUGUGAAACAGCUCUACCUAGUGGGGACUCGUGGUAAGUUGCCUACUAGAAACGUCUUGAAAAUACCGGUAGAUUAUUUAUUGAUGAAAAUAACUUUUACAAAACGAUUCAGGAACUUCAUUAUUAUUAUUUCAGCAACAUAAGAUGGAGUACGUAAUUUUUACAAACAAAAAAGAAAAUAGAAAAUGUGGCUUGUGGAACAGAAAAUUUGCAAUCUUUUGGUAAAUUAUGGCAGUUUUCUGAUUCAUUCUAGUUCAAAAAGAAGUAAAAAACCGGUGUAGCAUUCUUCUAUUUACAAGUAUGAAAAACAUUUAGUCUCGAAAACUGGAAGUUUGACUGAACAAUAGAAAUGCAUGAUAAAAUGACUUUUUUGUAUAAUUAAACUAAGCUAAAAUUGGGUUAAUGAACAACACAAGAAGUGUUUUCUGUGAUUAAAACUAAAUGCAUUUUCUGUAACAAACUCACAGUUUUACUAGAAGGUUGUGUGGUGUCGCAUCUAAAUAGUUCUGGGCGGAAAAACAUUCUCACUCUGUUAGAUAACUUUGUUCAGUGAUAAAAAAGUUAAACAAGUCGAGUCUGGUAAAAUUGGGUUAUUAAGCAACACAAAAUGUGUAUUCAGUAAAUAAGUUGUAAACAAAAUGUACUUUAUGUUUUAAACUCACAUUUUUUAAAAGAAGGUGUGUGGUGUCACAUCUAAAUCGGUCAAAAUGAAAACAUUUCUCACUUUUUGUCAGUAAGUCCCUUUGGUCAGGAAAAAAAAAGUGAAAUAAGGUUGGAAAGUAUACAUAAAUGAACUUACCACAACUUGUUGCUCAACAGCUAAAUGUAGGGUGGCUGAAAGAGGACAUAACAGCAGACAGAUGUCUUAUCCUUAAAUCUGUUAUCCUUGGAGGUGCACAAGUAUGUGGAUGUAUUUUGCACCAUUUGUUUUGGCUCAAUUGGUGCAAAACUGCAACUGUACGAUUUUUUUGUUGUGUGACUCAACAAAUAAAAUGUGUGUACUUGAAACAAAGACUUUGAAUAGGUGAAGCUGUUGCUUUGUACCUGUGAAAAAUGGGAUUUUUCUGAAAUUUUCUCCAUAACUUCAAGUUCCCAGGGACAAAACACAAAUGUUAUUGCUCCAAAUGUACCUCCACAGUAUCUUGUGUCUAUAUGUCACUGAAUAAAGUUCCAUUAGGUUUGAUCUGAAAUAGAUGUUAUACAAUAAUUUAAAAAUAGAAAAUUAAACCUGCUGACUUGCUGCACAUCUAAUGUUUCAUUUAGAUCAGUCCAAUCAGCAGAGCUCCAGAUCUGACCAGAAUGAUGUAGAAUAAUGGUCAGGACUCUUGUGAAACAUUACCACCUGGUGGACAUGUCUAGUAUUGACCAGAACCUUCCUGAAGACUGUGGACCUCCUCCUGUUAGAAUAUAAAGCUGAGACACUGCCACUGCUGGGACAGAAAGCUAAACAGAAGAGUACCAAGAGCUGAACAAGGAUUAUUCUCACCAGAAGACUAACUCAACGACCAUGAUGUCUUCUCAUGCAGAGAGUUCUGCUCUCAGACCGAUGAUGGACUUCUGGCCUGUUCGCAGUCUGUGGCCAGAGGUCAGACCUUUGUUCUACCCGCAAGAUGUCCUCCAGAGAACCCUACAGGAGCUGCACAGCAGCCUGGAGCUGAUGGACAGAUUUCAACACCAGAUCCUGGAGGACACAGAUCCUUUCAGGAGCACACUGGUCCACAAACCAGUCUCCUACCAGCUGGACAAAGAGGGACAAGACUUUGGCCUGACACUGGACACUCAAGGCUUUUCUCCAGAGGAGCUUUCAGUCAAGCAGGUGGGCAGGAAGCUGAGAGUCCGUGGAAGGACAGAGAAGAAGCAAGAGGACGGGAAAGGCUCCUACUCUUACAGACUCCAGGAGUUCAGACAGGAGUUUGAUCUGCCUGAAGGGGUGAACCAUGAAGCUGUCAGCUGCUCCCUUUCUCCAGAUGGAAAGCUCCACAUCCAGGCAGCCAAAGUUCCAAGUGUUGAACAGGCUGAGAGAGAGCUGCCUAUCAAGAGGAGCUCGGAGGAGGAAACACAGCAGAGUGUGUGUUCACAGGCAGAAGACAGCCGCCCAGAGACAUCCAGCAGGUCUUAGAGCUCCAGCCUGGAUCAUGGACCCAUGAACGUGUUGGUGAACCGAUGACAAGUGGUUCUAUUCUUUGUUAAUUAUUAAUGUUUCUAUCACAUCAAUUACUUUGUCUUUUCUUAUUGUACCUGGUGAAUGUUGAUGAAUAAAUCUGAACAACAUCUGUGCUAGUUUCUGUUAAUCAUUAAUGUUUCUAAUAAAUUAAUGACUGUAAUUUCUAAUUCCACCAACCUGGAUCAUCGUCUCCCAUUUAAUCUAGUUGGUGUCUUGCUUUGUUACUGAAUAUUAUUUUCCCAGUUAGUCUAACCAGUGUGCAUCGUGUCUACCAUAACUUACAACAUCUGCUUCAGAGAGCUGUACAGCAGCGCUGUGGUUAGCAUUGUUGCCUUGCAGCAAGAAGGUCCUAUAGGUUCACAUCCCGACCUGGGGUCUCUCUGCAAGGAGUUUGUAUGUUCUUCCUUUGCAUGCGUGGAUUCUCUCCGGGUACCCCAGCUUCCUCCCACAGUCCAAAAACAUGAUUGUAAGGUUAAUUGGUUUGUCUAAAUUAUCCGUGUGUGUGUGUGUGUGCGCGCGCGCUUGGUUGUUUGUCCUGUGUGUCUUUGUGUUGCCCUGUGAUGGACUGGCAAUAUGUCCAGGGUGUACUUUGCAUCUUUGGUCAUUGACUGCUGGAGAUAGGCACCAGCCCCCUGAGGUCUAGUCCACAGUAGCCGGGUUUUUAAAAAAACGAAUAUCCGCCCCUCCAAAAAUUUGCAUCCACACCACCUUGUUUUAAAACAAAACUCUGUACACACGUACCCGGAUAAAUACGUUGUUAAGGACAUGCCAGACCUGUAGGCGGCAGUACUUCCCCCGUUCUUAACCUCGUCCUUCGUCUGUGGUCUUCCGCAAGGAGCAGUAAUUCCGCUUUCAAAAACAAACAAGCAAAAAGCGCUUGGACAAUUGAUAAAGCGAGCGCAGCUCUGAGGGCAUCCAUGCUGUCGGCUAGUGUAAACACAGGUCGCACACGUGAUGUCAGCAUUUUUUUGUCGCGGAAAGUGACGUUG